AUGGUACGGGGGGUGUUCCAAUUUAGUGUGGAGCACUUUGCUGACUCUGACGGUGUUCAUGUGAACCUGUCCUCUCGAAGUAUCCGGUCAAAAGCGAAAUGGGUCAGCGAGGCCCGGCGGCAUUUAGGGAUACCGCUCGUAUAUUCAUCUCGAUACAAAUGUUCGGAAGGCGUCAUCAGUUGUACUGCUCCACCACCUGUAGGACGCCGUGCGAGUUCGGCUAUGCCCAAACAGGGCUGCAGGAAAUCAAAGGUUCAUUCGGACGACCGCAUUGUUUCCGAACUCAGCACCGGGCUGCCGAUGGUUGGACGAACAUGUGAAGAAGUACAAGUCCGGGAGUUGGAACAACGACGGGAGUUGGGACAACGAUGCAUGUUGGAACAGCAGCUACGGGAGUUGGAACCACUACGGGAGUUGGAACCGCUGCGAGACUCCACGGAAAGAUCUGAAGGCCCGUUUCGUCGGAACAAAAUGUAUCGUACUAGGGAAUGCCCGAACGAUGCUUGUCCCAGGGACAUCUCGAUCCAUGCUAGCCCGAUCCACGCUGGUCCGAGCCACGCUGACCCCAUCCACGUUGACGCCAUCGACGCUGGCUUGAUCGAUGUUCGCCGAAAUCGUAAUGACGAGGACUACGACCGCGAGGACGACCACCACCGCGUGGAACGUUACGUGGAUCGGGGUCUUUGGCGACAGGGGAACUGGCCGGAACCGCCUCCUAGUAAACACCCAUCGGGGCCGCGAGACACCGCUGCGCAUUCCGACGGCAGCAACUCCGUCAUCUUCGUCUCCGAGAGCCGGAGUGGUAGUGCUUCUAGCGUUGAAGACUCUGGGUCUCCGGUACCGGAACCCGAUCGCCAACAAUCCUCGCUCUCCGAUUCCUGCAAUCCACACCCCCCUGCCAGCGCUCUUUCCAGGGCAUUCAGCCUUCCGUUAAAGUCCUCGAAACAUGGCCAUCAAACUCAGAAUAUGGUCGCCCCGAAGGUUGUUGGACUGAACGUUAUCGGAACGGACUUGGUCGGAACGGACGUGGUGGGAACGAACAGCAGUGGGACGGACGGCAGUGGGAUGGAUAUCAGGGGGGCGGAGAACAGCAGACCAUAUAACAGCGGGUCGGAGAACAGGUGGUCGGAGAAGGUGGUUGUACCGGAUGCCGUGGGUCAGGACAGCAUUGGACGGCGCGAAAUCGACCUUGAGGCGCCGGACCGAGCGGGCCUGAGGGAACCUGAGCCCUUAGAAGAGGAAGAGCGGCAGCGUCGGCAGAGGCGAGCGGACAGGCGAAGAGGACAGGUAGUGGAGAAAGCAGAGACCCCGGAACAAAGACGGAAAUCGAGAACCCCCAAGAGGACUCCGUUGAGGAGUCGCACGCCCAGUGACGCAGGACGACGGCCACAGGUCCCGGGAGAAGCAGCGGCUGAGGUUGGCAAACGAAGCGCAGAGGCCGAGCCAAGCCCAAAACGGGGUCGGGACUCUCCACCGGGGACCUCUUCUCCGAGAACCUCUUUGCCGGUGGAUGUGAGAGUGGAGCCGCUGUGUGAGUCAGAGGCGGUCGCAGGUGUGCCGGACAGGAAGUCUCGGAAGCUCCUGCACCAGUCAGAUGAUCACCAGUCAGAUGAUCACCAGUCAGAUGAUCACCAGUCAGAUUAUAACCAAUCAAACGAUAACCACCCCGGCGGUCAAUCGAUUGUUCGGCAGCAGGUUUCGCAAAGGAGGGUUAUUCCGAGUGUCGAACAGGCGGCGAGUAUUGAAAAAGUCGUAGGUGCCGGACCCGAUCUGGUAGAAGAUGUGUCGGCGGAGAGACAGUUGCCAGGGCCUAAGCGCCAGUCGUUAGGCAGCGGGGUUCGUGAGCGGGAAUCGUUUUUUCUGGAGGCUGAAUCUGAGACGGACAUGUAUUCAGACGAUUCGGGCCACGUGGCGGAGCGUGGUGAUGCAGUGGAGAGGAGGAGAGGACCGGUGGCGAAGCAAAAGCCGAAGGACCGAUUGAUUCCGGUGGUGUUGAUUGAUCCGGACGAGGAGGGGUCAGAGGCAGUCGCGGCGCUGCCCGUCGGUAAAAAGCGCGCUCUGACCGAGGCCAAAGGCCAAAUGCCGAAGAAGCGGAGACAGGCUGUGACGCGGAUCGGAGAUCCGUCUUGCGGUGGUACAGCGAAGUCCGGUGUUGUGAAGCCGUUAGUGAAGGACUUGGCCACGCCCGAGCUGAGGCCGAGCCGCGUGACGACGAUGGACAUGGCGACGAUGGAGGGGACCCUGGCGCUAGCGGAGGGAAGGAUGGCGGACGGUACCAUGGCAGCGACGUUUGACGCCAGGGCCUUUGCGGGGGUUUUAGCUGGUAUGCCAUCGCUGACUGGCGUGUCUGCGAUGUCGGGAGGAAUGCAUUAUCUACGGGACGUCGAGAAGUGGCCAGAUUUUGGAUUGGAUUACGGACGGCCGUACGUGAAUCCGGCUUUGCCGGGUCGGCGAUCAUCGGACCUGGGUAGUGCUCCGACGACGUGGUUCCGGAUGUUGGUGCCGUACGCUAUUCUGUCGGUGCCGGGUGGGUGUAUGCCAAAGGAUGCGAUUACAGAGACGUUUCUGGCACUGGCACGGAAGCAUGAGGGGAGUGUGUGGUGCUUGAUUCGGCGUCAACGCGUGUCCUGGGCCACGUUUGCACAGGUUUGGUUGUUGCAUGCGAACACGGCGGGUUUCUUUACCGUGUUGCACAACCUGAGUGCGACCGUGUUAAAGAACUUGCUCAAACGCCGGGAACGUCCUCCUGUCAUGCGGGAUCGGUCCAAGGUGUUGUUGCCUUGUUGUGUUAACUGCGGUUCCUUCGUCAUUGUAGAUACCGGCUCUGGGGUUCACGGGCAUAACGGUCUCAGUCAGAUGGAUGGGCUCGAUGGUGGUGUGCCAGGUAUGUCGCACGAGCCGGCACUGUGCAUUUUGUGUCAGACAGAAUACCCGGAGGCGACACCGUUGGGCGACAUCGGGGGUGUGCCGAGUGUGCUGCAACCACCUCACACAGGGUACUCACCCUCUGAGGCGGACUUCGAAAUUGCCGACCUCUGGAUCCGCUCCGCGCGACAGAAACCCGGUCCCGUGCUGUCGCUGCUGUUCUCUGUCUUCGGAAUGCUUCCCGCCGGCUGGCACCUCGUCCUCGACGCUGUCCGUGACAACCAACCCGUCUGCGGCGAAUGUGGACUUGGCGUCAUCCUAGGCUACCGGUGGGCGGACAGCUUCCGUUGCACCUGGUGCCUCGCCCGUAAGAAGACACACGUCCCAAUCCUCAAGGGACCUGACGGCCUGGACACACACCUCAUUCAUGCCGCCAAGUACUACCUUGUCGCACAGACCAGCCCCCUCACUGAAGACCCACUAGUCGAAGAUGAAGAACCAUACCUUACACCCUCGUUACACCCCUCCGACAAAAGCUCAACCCUCACCGGACCUGGUACCAUGCCUGGGACCAUCGCCCCGGGCGCAGUGUCAGACGGAGCCGUGGACAUGGCCGGUGAGGAAGUUGGCUUCGGGUUCGCCCUGCAGCUUCCUAACACCGACCUGUCUACAGACCUCGCGAUGGGAGACCUCGCGCUCGCCUCCCCGUAUUCGCCCAACGAGGAGGUUCGCUUUCCGCCCUACCACUUCGCCUACCCGGCCGGCGGGAACACACUCAGUCACCACCCGUUCGUCCCCAAAGCAGCCACACCGGCUUCCCUAACCGCCGCGUCCUGUGCCCUAGCCCUCCCGGCCGGCGGGAACACACUCAGUCACCACCCGUUCGUCCCCAAAGCAGCCACACCGGCUUCCCUAACCGCCGCGUCCUGUGCCCUAGCCCUACCGGCUUCCGCCCCAGCUGUGCCAGGCACCACUCCGGAUCUGCCACACACCACCCCGACCGUGACAGGUACGGCAACCCCCCCGUCCAGCCACCGAGGCAACUGUCCCAAACUGCUCUCGCCCCACCCCAACAACGGCCCCGCGGUUGCGCUUACCGACGGGGUGCCAAAGGCCAAAGACGAUGUGGACGGCGUGCGUUUCGUCGUACAGCCGAGUCCCACUACGCGCCCGGACUCACAGACGCAGACCCACCAGGCCACCCAGGCGGGGCUGCAAGCCGGGUCAGCGGUUGAGGGGCUCGAGGCUCAAGGCUCGUUGGCGGAGUCGGAUGACUCGGACCUGGGGGUCAGCGAACUGCUGGCCCACGGCUACCCCGGAACGACCACUCAACUCAAGUCUCGACACCAACCUCUAGGGGCCGCCUUCCCUGAUUCCACCGCGCCCACGGCUUCUACCGGCCGUCAGCGUGGGUUCCGUUACGCCUCAGGUGACGGGCGCACGGCCGAGAGCAAGCCCGAGAAACGCUGCUGCGUCGCCAAAAGCAGCUGUGUCCCCGAAAGCGGCUGUGUCGCCGAAAGCGGCUGCGUCCCCUAA